GCAUCAAACAGCUAACGAGUCAAUUGCUUAUGAAAAAGCAAGCAUUUUGUUUAAUAUUGGAGUGCUUUGGACACAAAUAGCGGCAGCAAAAGUAAGUCAGAGUUAUUUUAUCAUUCUUAUCCACGAUUUGCCGCUCAAUCUCUUCCUCGUGUCUUAAGGCUAUUAAGAUUGAAGAGUGUUAAGUCUAUGACAAUAUCUGUGAUUUUGAAAAAAACGCAACUCCCACUGUGAAGAUAACAUUUAUAUUAAUUUUCACAGGAAUUCAAUUCGGAAACGAAAUCGACACAAGAAGCAAUCACUUCAUUGCAAAAAGCUGCCGGUAUUUUCAGGUAUCUUAAGAGAAGCGUUCGCGAAAAGUUUAGUAAAGACUUGACGAAAGACGUGCUCGAAAUCUUGGAAGGUAUCUUUAAGCUACAAGCCCAAGAGUGCAUCUUGAAUUCAGAUAUGCAGGAACCAGAAAAGGAAGAUGUGCAAUCUUAUAAUAUUUUGGCAAGAGAAGCAGCGCAGUUAUCUGAAGAUACGAAGCAUUAACAAAGUCAAUGUCUGAAGUCGCAAGUAUCCCACCAUCUUGGUCUAUUUUAGCUGAGGUGAAAUCCUUACACUUCAAAGCCACUUGCCAUUACUAUGCGGCGUUAAUAUUGCUUCAAAAUUGCGAUCCGGAGUUCACAGAUUGCGAGAAUAAUACAUUUGACAAAGAACAAAACAGAUUAUCUGCUUUGAUUGAGCUCAACAAGAUUGCAACAUGGCUAAUGAACGAGGACAGUAGAACAAAUGAGGCAAAAAGUCAUAUGAAGAAAGCUUUAAUGAUCGAGGAAACUGCCAAGGAGAUUACUAAAAAUGAUCGUUUUAUCAAUAAACUAAGCUGCGUGCAUAAGGCUCUGCACACUUUUUCAACUCAAAUCAAGAACAAACUUUCUUCAGUUGAUGUGUCAGGCAAUCUAAGUGACAUCGAACCGGCCAAUGAAAUUAAUUGUUCCACAGAUAGAAAGGAUAAGAUUAUUGAGCCAGAAGUCAAGAAAUACCCAGUUCAAGAUAUCUUUGCUGCACUUGGUCCUGUCAUUGCUUUCAACUCAAAAAUAAAGUAUCACUCCAAAAAAACUGUUACGUUAAAUCGCGAUGAGCACGAAGGUCUGGGUAUAUCAAUACGUGGUGUAGGACCAACGAUAAUAAGCAAAUUAAACCAGAGGGCACAGGAUCUUGGAGUACGAGCUGGUGAUGUCAUAAUAUCAGUGGGAGAUUUUACUGUGAAACAUUACAAUUAUAAACAAGUGUCACAAUUUAUACAGAAAUCAGGAGAAUCUGUAACAUUAACUCUAAUGUCACCAGUACUACCUAAUGUGAUCUUGAAUGUAUUAUAGUAAAAAGGAAGAAAAUGCCUUGAAAUCCUAAGCAUCAUUCAACAUAUUUUGAUGCACAUACUAUUCAUAAUAUAUGCACAAAUAUAGAUAUUAUAGAGUCAUUAAAUUUUAUGAAACAUCUUGUAAAUACAUACUUAAAAGCAUGAUCCUUUGUAAAAAUGGCAAGUUCAAGUUGGACUUCUUGUGAUUUUUGAUAUAACAAUGGUUGUGCAUUUACGGUGUUGAUAAAUCAACGAUAUUUAACUCGGCUCAAAGCAACAUAAUGUUUUGAUUUAUCUUCAAGGUUAACAAAACCAAUAGGGCCUAUCUCACAAUCGGCACAAAUCAAAUAUUUUGUUGUGCCAACAGUUUUUGUAAAGCCGACAUUUUCAAAUGUGAACAUAUCUAUGACUAACCAAUAUUGGGAAAGCAGUUCUCUCUGAUUCAACUGGUACUUCAUGUUUUGCUGUUGCCCGAGGAAGCACAUACUAAAAAUAAAUAUAAUAAACAAAUUUCUUCCAUUCUGUUAUUUUAAAAGCAUAUAUGUAAAUGAUAAAAUCAUCCUUUUUCAGGCUA